GCAGUGGUAUGUACAUUACUUUUCAAUCGAUUUGUGUUUACCCACUGUCUUCAGGACUUCCGCAGCGCCUAUCCAUGUCUCGAUGACGGACUCACUGUUUAUUAUCCCUGACUUCAAUGCUAAUGACUACGCUAACGCCAUUCUCGCUGGUGAGCCGUAUCCACAGGUUCAAACGCAAUACGCAAAGCCCCGAACGGGCACAACCUUAGAGUCGGCAAAGGAGGGUGUGUCAGUUGCAAUAUCUAAGCUAGACUUGAGCAUUGAGGAUGUAGGCAAGCAAAUCAAAAGUCUGGUUACCGCCCAUCACGAAAAACUCCUUCGCCGAGCAGCGGGCAUCAAUAAUCUCUCUGGAUCACUAACUUCAGUUCGACAUGGCUUAGACGACGUUGAUGCCUCCUUGGAGAAACUUCGCCAGAAAAUUCGUGUUCCAUACCAAACGUUGGAAUCGAGUGCUAUCAAACUUCAACGUACUCGUCAAGCGUCGCAUGCGUUGCGACGUAUUCUACGUUUCGUUGUGCUCUCCCGACGUCUAGAGAUGCAGAUGUCCGAGCUUGUCACGUUUGACAAGCUGGGCACUGCUGCGAACAAGAAAACACUUAACAAUUCAGAAGGCGUGUCCGUGGAUCCACAAGAUGACAAGGAGCGCACUAUUGCUAAGGCGGCAUUGACAAUUGCAGAGCUAGGCGACUUGUUGGAUGGACCUGAGGAUACUGGAGAUACGCCAGGGAAAGACUCGUCAGAAAUCGGCAAUAGGAUUUCUCCAACGAUAGAUUCACCGGUCCCCCUACGAUUUGUGAAGGCGGCGGCAGCACAUAUACCAUUUAUCGAAGAAGCGCAAUGCAAGGUCACGCGUGAGAUGGAAUCGAUGAUCAUGACCGGUCUCUCUACUUUGGAUCAAUCAUUGUUGGCAUCCUCAUUACAAACAGCGUACAACUUGCGCGUACUCCCGAAGCUCAUACAAGGUUUAUCCACAGACCUUUGUGACGCCGUUGAGGAACGCAUACGAACUGCAUUUGAUCUCUCACGUAUUUCCAAGGAGGUUGUUUCGAAGGAAAGCAUACCUUCGUCACAAGGUCUCUUGUAUAAGUCGCGUGUCCGAACAGAACCGACGAACAUCACAGCACCACAAUGGACGGCUGCGCUUUGGACCCGCCUUGAUUCUCUUAUCGAGGAAAUGGCGGCAUGCUGUAUCAAGGUAUAUACCCUCGAGAAGGCCCUGAAAAUGAAGAAGGAUCCGAUCACCCAAAGAUUGUUUCUUGACAAUGUAACGAAGGUUCUGGAGAACAAACCUAGUUCUACAUUCUGGACUUCGCUGGGACGCUCGCUCGAGAAGUAUGCUCGUGAUGCCGCCAAAGGAUCAACCUUCCUUCAACAAACUCUUAGCGCUGGUUACCCUAAGCUCUUACGUCUCUUCCAUAAUUUUUUCGCCAAGAUUGCAGUACAUACCGAUACAGUCUACACGCAAUCCCAGCAAUCACCAGAAACUGUUCUCGUGCUCCGCGCUCUCUCUACGUUUGAGGCUCUCUACCUCUCUCGUUCAACAACCCGUUUGAAUGAAGCCAUUUCCCAGGCUUUCGCUGGUGGUUCUCGCACACCUCCAGGAGCUAACGAGGGAGUCGCAAUUGCGCGGGCGGUAAUGAAUGAACUUGAUUCUGCUAGGUUCGAUCCUUUGUUGAUGCUUGCGGUGGCGAGAAACGUUGGUGCGGCUCUCGAUGGUGCGACGAUGAGGGCUGAGAGCCUAAUCUCUUCAGAUCGCUCAGCGUAUACGCUUCUUGGGCCAAUGGCAACUCCACAGCAAAUUUUGAAUGGUCAAGUUGCGACGUGCCUUUAUUAUUGCUGGACGAAUUUGGAGAAGGUGGCUGAAGAACACACCGAGAGUGCUGCUGCGCUUGUGAAACCUGGUGUAAAAAAACUGCACGUCACUUACGAUGGCAUCAUUGACCCGCUCCUGACGGCGAUACGAAGGGAGCUAUCUUCCAUCAUCUCGAGGCUUCACAGGGUUGACCUGCAGAAGACCAUGGACCCGAUGGCAGGCAUGGCAGGGUCCAAGCCUACUCAAAUUUUCACAAAUUUUACGAGUGAUACGACGCAGUUAUGGGUGCUCUCUAUCGUAAAAUACGUCAUCCGAAUCUUUGUGCUGCACGCCAGUAUCGCAAAACCGUUGGGGGAGAGCGGGAAGCUGCAGCUCACGACAGAUAUGACGGAGCUUGAAUUUGCGUUGGGCGCGUUCCUUGGGUCCUCAAGCAAGCGUGGUCUUGAAGUAGCAGGGGAGGAGUACAAAAUGCUCAGAGCCAUGCGACCCCUCCUCUUCCUCGACACAGCUUCACUCGCAAGUCCAACGCACGCCGCGAACCUGCCUCCGCUCAUAGUAUUGCACCAUAUUCUCGUACGGUCCCCACUGCCGCUGCCGCAUAUAAUGCAUGGAUGGCAGGAGGCAGAGUAUGUGCGGUGGGUGGAAGAGCACAGGAAAGAGGAUGCGUGGGCACUCAUUGAGGCUGCGCUGGUUGGGAAGGAGGGAGACUUUGUAGAGCUUGCGAAGAAGGUGCUGAGGCAGGCGAGGGAUGAGUGUGGCGAGAGUUGAAAUGCUUAUGACAGCGCUCAGCGCUUGCUCCCGUUUAUUCAUACCUGGACUGUGAUACCAAUAUGCAGUGUCUUUCGUAUUGAGAAACUAGAUUUUUGUUAUCAACUGCCAAGUCCCUGUUU